CUCGCAGACAGCAGAAGCCUCGUUCUCACCGCCACUCAUCUGCCUGGCACGCAGCGCACCCUCGUCAGCUCGCCUGCACCUUCGCUGCGGCCAGCUGCGCGGUGCGGCCGCUGAAGAGCGCGGAACUGUCCGCCAGCGCACACGCCGGGCUCUGGCCGUUCAGACCUUGCAGAGGAGUCAGAUCUUCCACAGCAUGCCCAUCGUACGUCUGCGCGAUGGCGAGGGCGCCCCGUUCCUCGCCUGCUGGCUCGAUGACUUCGGCCAGGACGUAGGUAGGAACUCGCAGCCGCUGCACAGACCUGUCGAGGCCACGACGUCGCACUUGUCAGAAGGCGGCAUCUCGGCCGCACUGAGCAGCGGGUCGCUACGACACCCGCACUCGCACGGCCACGUGCUCGCCUACAUUGGCAGCGAGCACGAUGCGCGCUUCACCCUCAACCUGCGAGGCUCGUAUGGCGCGCUGGAUGGCAGCCGCAUGGGCAUCGCCGUCGAGAUUCGCUGCUCCGGUGGGCUGCGUCCGCUGCGCUUCAACUGCCAGCCCGAGACGCGGCCGCGCGAUGACAGAGAGUGGGGCGAGAAGAUCUUCAUUCGAGACGGCAACUUGCUGGCUCGAGCCUUGCAGCAGACUGCACAGCCGACGAUCGUCGUGCAUGUCGCUUCUCUGCAGGACCAGGAACACAGCCGCUCCGAGCUGGAAAACGUGAUCUUUACGUUCGAGUAUCGCGUGCUUCUCCUCGACCAUGGACUGUCGUCGCUCACGCGAGUCAGCUGUCCCCUUCCCCAGGUCGUGCUGCGUCCUGCCGACGAGGCUGCUGCGGCAUGCGUCUUUCCUCCGCCGCCGCUGGUCACCCGGACUAGUAUAGCCUCGCGCGAGUACUGGCCCUAUGCGGUCGGCGUCGAGGACAACCCGAAGCGCAAAGGCCAGCGCUCCACCAACAGCUCAUCUCGGAAGACGGCGUCUUCCACACGCAAGGAGAACGACGCAUCGGCGAGCGACGCCGACCAGAACCUCACAGCACGCUCGGCCUACGUUGAGCAAGAGGGCUCCACGGCCAGCCUCGAGCCGCUCAAAGUCUCGGCCGUGCGUCUUGCCGAGGAGCGCCAGGCGCGAGCGAGCGCCAGCGGCCUCUCGCUGAGCAUCCGCGGCGCGGCGUCACGCUCUGCAGCUGCGCAGGAAGCGGAGGCGAAGAUCCAGGAAGCUCACGAGGCAGAAGAGCGGGCUUUGCGCCGCCAGGCUCGUCAGCGCCGGUACGAGGAGUGGGAGCGCGAGCGGCGUCACGAGCGCGAGUGUUCUCUCACGCGCGCCGGGCCAGGCCAUCAAGCCGACGCCAAGCCUUAAGGUCAAGGGCAGCUGACGGCGCGACACCUGCGCCGGCACACAACCGAGCAGCUCGACUCGUCGGCUCGUUUGGGAGCCAGAAAGCCAUCGCGCCAGGAUCGUCUGUCUCGCGGCUCAACGUCACCGUGGUCUGUAAAU